AUGUCGCUUUACUUUGAUGCAGUCGCUGUUCUGGCGGCAUCGCCGGCUUCCGGUGGCUCGCUGAAGUCUCGGAUAUACAACUCCCGUUUGAAGUCGUCGCCACCUCAAAUAUAUGCUCUGAUCACGGAGACGACCAAAUGGAACGCGGUGCUGAAAGAGGUUGUAGACAAGUCGGGGAUUCUUGCGCACGAACCGAAGCUCACCCCCCUUCUCUCGUUGCUCUUAAGCCAUGAUCUCCUGCUGUCGAAACGGGGAAUUGCUGCUCCUUCGAGUCAUCCUCUCCGCCUUGCUGUUGAGCGGCACAAAACCAGGUUAAACGCUGAACUGACGAAAUUACGGGUUCGUCGAGGACACGCAACGGUAGAUGAGCUGCGCUCUGCUCUCAAUGCGAAUCCAGGGAGCACUGAAUUUCCCAAUCUUAGAUGGGUUCGAAUUAAUAAUGCGCGAACAACAUUGGACCAAGAAUUAAAAGAUACCUUCCGUGAUUAUCAUCAAGUGACCUCGAUCUCAGAACUUGCAACAUGUGAAGGGAAAGGGUAUUAUUUAGAUAAGCAUAUUCCUGAUUUGCUCGCAGUCGCGUCUACCUCCCAAUUACUUUCUUACCCCGCAUACAAGGAGGGAAGGAUAAUUUUCCAGGACAAGGCAUCCUGUUUUCCAGCGUUCCUGCUACUCGGAAGCGAGGCAAGGACCUGGCAUGGAAAGCUAAUCGAUGGCUGUGCCGCACCAGGAAACAAGACUACGCAUCUAGCGUCGCUACUCUCCGCGGCUGGCAACAAGAGGACUAAGAUUUACUCCCUUGAUGCAUCGCCUGCGCGAUCCAAAAUCCUACAAAAAAUGGUUGCAGUUGCAGGAGUUGAUAACCGGGUGGCCAUCCUUGCGGGACAGGACUUCCUGGCCUUAGACCCACAAGAUGCUCGAUUUACAGACGUGACGGCCCUUCUUUUGGACCCAAGCUGCUCAGGGAGCGGUAUACUCAAACGGGAAGAUGUCCCGCAACUAGAUUUACCGGAGCCGCGAUCUCGAGGCUCGGCUGCCGCCGCCACCAUCAAUCGCAAAAGAAAACGAAAAGCCGAGCCCCCACCAGCUCCGCUCAAAACAUCGUCAUCGCCUGACGACGAUGAGAGCGCGGUGGCUGCCGAGCAUGAACUAGAGGAUGGCGACAUCGACCUGGAGCGGCUUACGAAGCUAUCGAACCUCCAGGUUCAAAUCGUCGAGCAUGCAUUCAAAUUCCCGGCCGCGACCAGAAUCACCUACAGCACCUGCUCCAUCCAUGCGCAGGAAAACGAGAACGUCGUGGCGCGUCUCCUAGCCUCAUCCAUCGCGCAAGGCCGUGGUUGGAAACUCCUACCGCGAGCCGAGCAGGUGGAAGGGCUAAGGAGAUGGGAGCAUCGAGGGUGGACGUCGGGGGCGGAGGAACAGCGGCGUGACCCCCGCGUGGGCGAAGACGAGCCGUGGCGGUUGACCCAUGCGGAGAGUCAAGCGUGCUUGCGAUGCGCGCCUGGAGAUGGUGAGGGCACCGGCGGGUUCUUUGUUGCCGCAUUUACAAGAGAUCGGAACCAUAGUGGUGGCCAGAAUAGCAGUGGCGUAGCGGCUGGUUCCGACGGCUUGCGGGGGCAGCGGCGGCGCAAAGAAGACCGGCAAAGUGACGACGAUUGCGUCUACGAGGAGUGGGAAGGAUUCGAGACCGAUUAA